AAGGGAAAUCUCUCUUAGAAUCCUAGAGUUGGAAGGGACCCCGUGGGCAAUCUAGUCCAACCCCGUGCAAUGCAAAACACGCAGUCCCGCCCAUCCAGUGUGAAACCACGCCGGGUCCUGCUUAGCUUUUGUGCUUGUUCCGGCAGUUUUAUUGCUGCGUCUUAGCCCCCGUUACGAAUCUGCCAGCUGCGUUUCUGGUUUUGUGAAUGCGUAGCUCGCAGGUGGGGUCCUUUGCAGCCCCCGAAAAACAAAUGUCUCCCUGCACCUUCAGAACUUACCAUUUUAUUGCAGCUUGCAAUUUUUGCCAGUUUGGACAAAACGCCUUAUCCUCAGCAGAGAGAUUCCUGCAUUGCAGGGGGUUCGACUGCAUGGCCCUUGGAAUCCCUUCCAAGCCCCAAAUCCUAUGAUUCUAUACAUUAAUACCAAAGGGGACAUCUCGAAACGGGGAGCACAGAAGGCAGGCAAAGAACUGUGUGUGUAUAGGGGCUACAAAUAUGUAUUGCCAGAAGACUGCUCUUCUUGUCUUUCACAGUCCCUGAUGCUUGAAGCAGAAAACCCAAAUAGUGCCAAGUUCCUUCACCCUUCUUGUGGACCAAGGGAUAGCUUGGUCACUAAAGCAUGAUACUCUUAACCUCAGAUUUGUGGGUUCAAGCCCCAGUUUGGCAAAAGAUUUCUGCAUCGCAGGGGCUUGUGUGACCCAAGUGGUCCCUUCCAGUUCUAUGAUUCUGUUGUGGGAUAGCUAUAGCAACAAGCUAAUGACUUGCAGUCAAGCGUUCUGAGACACGAACUUGCGAGAUUGCAACAGGAAAAUGGGUGACUGUUCAGAGACCAGUGUGAAAAUACCAUUUGGAAGCAAAUAUCUAGACGCCCUUUUCUCCAUCCCCGAAAAGAAGCUGCCGUAUGCUGUGAUUCUCACACACGGAGCAUCUGGUGAUAUGAAUUUCUCUCACCUUGUAUCUUUGGCAAACUACCUGGCCUCUCAUGGAUUUCUGUGUCUGCGAUUUACCUGCAAAAGCCUCAAUAUCAUCUAUAGAACUAAAGCAUAUAAAGCUGUUGUGGAAUAUUUAAGAUCAUCAGGCAACUACACACUUUCUGGCAUUUUUCUUGGAGGCCGUUCAAUGGGCUCGCGCGCUGCCGCUUCUGUGAUACGACAAGCGGACCAAGAUAAUGACAGCUUCAUUCAAGGUCUGAUAUGCUUGUCUUACCCGCUGCAUCGACCAAAGCUUCACUCUAAACUUCGGGAUGAAGAUUUAUUGUCCAUUAAGUCCCCUGUGCUAUUCGUGUCUGGAGAUACAGAUGAGAUGUGUGAUAAACAACUGCUGGAUGGUGUUGCAGUCAAAAUGCAAGCACCCAAGAAAAUCCAUUGGGUUGAAAAAGCAAACCACAGCAUGGCAGCGAGAGGACGAAAUGCAGACGACAUCUCGAUGGAAAUAAACAGGCAGGUUUUGUCUUGGAUCAAAGAAAUCAUUGAAGAGCGACAGAAGCAAUCGGCCAAUUCUAAAUAGCCUCUGUACUCGGUAUAGGAUGGAUUAAUAACACUUGGAUUAAUAAUACUUAUAAGAGUAUAAGUAAUCAGCUCUGUGCUAAAGCACUGGCAAAAAAAACUGCAUGUUUUUGUAACUUCAUUAUAGUGUAAAAUAUGUUCUAUCUGGUUUUGUGUAUAUAUAGUUAAUGUCCAGAGAUAAUGGAAAUAAAUAAAUCUGUUUUUUACUUUCUAAAAAAAGCAUUGUAUCUCACACA